CUCUGUUGUUGACAAGGAUAUACAACAUACAAUGUACAGAGGUGGAAUACAGGGUGCAGGCCGUCAUUCAGGCCGGCAAAGGGUCCGGGUCCAGCGUGUCGGCAAUCAAGUUGCCCUCGUGCCUGGCAUUGCACCUUCAAGGCCAUGACGAUACAGGACCCAACACGCCCGGACACUGCACCAUCCAGAUGGUACUGAGCGCUUGUCACCAGUACAUUGUAGACCACUGCAGUGCACAUACCCAGAUACCUUGUUGUUUACAAAAUGUUGAACGGUGCAAGUUUCUUCACGAUGCGAGAAACCGCCAGAAAAACUCAAAUCACGUGAGUGUCGGCUAGACUUCCGCAUUGAGCAAUGACGACACGUCGGCGAAUCUCUCGCCGAAACGCAAAGAAACUCGACUUCGAUUUCGUGGACGACGGAGACAUUCGCUCACCGUCACUUUCACGACGCCAGAACAAGAAUAAAUGCCAUCUCCCAAGCUCCUGUUGCUUAAUUUUCACCGGUGAGUUACUACGACAGAACACAUAGGGCGCUAAGUUCGUUUCUAAUCACCCUCAACCUUCAAUCCUCGUUCCCUCCAAUCCAAUGUCCUCCUCCUCUGCAACUCCUGCCGCAUCCACACCUACGUCUACAGCCACGACCCUGUCCGAGAAGACCGAAAAGUUCGACUACCACUACGCGCAGCCAAAAUGGUGGAAAGAGUCGGUCGUGUACCAAGUGUAUCCAUCCUCGUUCCAAGACUCCAACGGUGAUGGCUGGGGAGAUGUCAAGGGUAUCACUUCGAGGCUGGACUAUCUGAAGAGCCUUGGAGUUGAUGUGAUAUGGACAAGCCCUAUCUACAAGUCGCCCCAGGCGGACAUGGGGUACGACAUCUCCGACUACAAGGCCAUUGACCCGAUGUAUGGCACGCUAGAAGACGUGGACGAGCUCAUUGCCGAGCUGAAGAAGCGAGACAUGAAGCUGAUGAUGGACUUGGUUGUCAACCACACCUCGAAUCAACACCCUUGGUUCCUAGAGAGCAGAUCGUCCAAGGACAACCCGAAGCGACACUGGUACAUCUGGAAACCACCCAGGUCCGUCAGCGAGAGUGGUGUGCCCGAACCACCUAACAACUGGGCUCAGAUUCUAGGCGAAGCCAACUCGGCCUGGACGUACGAUAACACGACCGGCGAGUACUACCUGUCGUUGUUCACACCCGAUCAGCCAGACUUGAAUUGGGAGAAUCCUGAAGUCCGCGAAGCCGUUUGGGACGUGAUGCGGUUCUGGCUUGACCGUGGCGUGGCUGGUUUCCGCAUGGACGUGAUCAACAUGAUCUCGAAAGUACCCACUUACCCUGAUGCUCCGCCGACGUUGGAUCCGAUCAGUCACAAGUACCAGCCCGGAUCGCAAUUCUUCGUGAAUGGACCAAGGAUGCAUGAGUACCUCCACGAAAUGAAUCAAAAAGUGCUAUCGCAUUACGAGACGAUCACGGUCGGUGAGAUGCCUGGCAUCUCGGAUCCGGACGAGAUCUUGCGCACAGUAGGCUCACACGCCGGGGAAUUGAACAUGAUUUUCAUCUUUGACGUCGUGGAUAUUGACAAGCCGAACGUGCGCAUGGCGCUGAAACCGUGGGACGUCAAGGAACUGAAAUCGAUCGUGAGCCGAUGGCAGCGGACGAUGAUUGACCGGGAUGGUUGGAACUCGGUGUUCAUUGAGAACCACGACAACCCACGCAGCGUGAGCCGAUACGUCGACGACGCCAAACCAGUGCGCGACAAAGGCGCCAAACUGUUGGCUCUGAUGCUGACCACCCUGGGCGGCACUUUGUUUGUGUAUCAGGGUGAAGAAAUCGGCAUGCGCAAUGCACCGCUCGAGUGGGACGUCGGCGAGUACAAAGAUAUUGAGACCCAGAAUUACUGGAAGAAGGUGCAGCAACUGCACGGCGACGACUCCAAGCAGCUCGACCAUGCCAAGCGCAUCAUCCAGAUGAAGGCCCGCGACCAUGCCCGUACACCGAUGCAGUGGAACCGGUCCGAGAAUGCCGGUUUCUGUCCGCCGGGCGUCCAGCCCUGGAUGCGCGUCAUGGACGACUACAAGGAAGGCAUCAAUGUCGAAGACCAGCUGAAUGCGAACAACCCCAACGAGCUGUCGACCUUGCAGUUCUGGCAGCGGAGCAUCCAACAUCGCAAGAAGCACGCCGACGUUUUUGUUUAUGGUGACUACGAGGAGGUCGUCCAUGAAGACCCGGACGUCUUUGCCUACCUCCGCACCAGUGCCAAUGGCGCCGAGCGCUGGCUGGUUGUCAUGAACUUCUCCGGCAAAGAUGUCGACUGGUCUCUCCCAGAGUCGCUGAAGGUGGACUUCUGGGAUUGCAGCAACUACCAACGAGCCCAGCCGGACAAGCCAGUCAAGGGCAAGAUUUCACUCAAGCCAUGGGAGGGUUUGUUGGGCAAGAUCAUUGUGGAGUAAGCAGAGAGUUUUUUUUUUAAAAAUUCUAAUCUUGCCUAUUCGCCAAAAUCCGCCCUCAAUUCGCCCACUUCCCUUCUGGGUUUCUCAAGCUUUCACCUCCUCGGCGGCGUGGCCCAAUGGCAAGGCGCUUGACUACGAUUCGUUGGGAUCAAGAGAUUGCAGGUUCGACCCCUGCCGUCGUCACAUUUUGGGGUUUGUUUUUGCAUUUUUAGUCUCUGUCACUUAUUAUUAUGCAUGGCCGUGGCGUGGUGGCUUAUUUUUAGACUUAUUUUUAGACUAGGAAAACAGAUAGACUAUGACAGCACAGCUCUGUAGAGCUGUUGAUUAUGUGGCUGGUAGAUCUCGAGAGAGGUGAAGUUAUGCGGUCAAAAAGGCAGACAUUAUUGAACAGAUGAAGUUCCCGGCACAUAUGACUGUCCACAGGAUCCGGUCCGCUGAAUGAGUUGUACAGUGUUCAAGUUGUCGGAAUCCUGUGUAGAGAGUACCUUGUAGAGCUGCAGUGCAUGGCAUCUUUGACUGUAUAACAGUGGUGUGGCCAAGACAAAAAAAAGGUCAGAUUUAAUAUUAGUGGGUCCCGAAGAAGGUAAAAUGAACAUAGGACCUGAUAUACAAUGUUAGCUAAACAGUAAACCUUCUCUCCCUGGUAUGCUACCUUCGAUGUCCCUCGAUAGUCUACAGCACCAUUCGCAUGGAUGGCGAACCGGGAUGCCCAAUGGAGACGUGCAGGGAAGCAGGCCAAGUUAGACGUUGGUAGUCCUGUAUGUCGUCUCCCAUGUCUGUUUGUACAGGACUGUGCUGGUAUCAAAGAGCUCACAUUUCCAUAACGGCCCAAGAAUACUCUUAGCAUUCUCCAUGGUACUCGCACAUGUAAGCAAUCAAGGUCAAGGAGUCGUUUGCAACUUUCCGACCCGGCGUCCCCAGGUUCUGCUGAAAAUCCUUCUCCUUCAAGUAGAGAAAGCAAGUGAUAGCGACGGCCGGGCCCCGCGGACACCGUGGACUGACUCGUAUGGCCUCCAUCAACCUUGA